GCCGCCGGCGUGGCAUACGUCAGCGAGGCGGCGGCCAGCGAGAGCUUCGUGGCCCUCGUCAGCGCCUCAGACCGUGACUCGGGUGCCAACGGGCAGGUGCGCUGCAGCCUCCGUGGCCACGACCACUUCGCCUUGCAGCGCGCCUACGAGGACAGCUACAUGAUUGUCACCACGACGGCGCUGGACCGAGAGCGCAUCCCCGAGUACAACCUCACUGUGGUGGCCGAGGACCUGGGCUCGCCGCCCUUCAAGACCGUGCGCCAGUACACGGUGCGGGUGAGCGAUGAGAAUGACAACGCGCCGCUCUUCUCCAAGCCCCUCUACGAGGUGGCUGUGCCAGAGAACAAUCCCCCGGGUGCCUACAUCACCACUGUGGUAGCCCGUGACCCCGAUCUUGGCCACAACGGUAAGGUAACCUACCGGCUCCUCCAGACACAGGUCAUGGGGGCCCCUAUCUCCACCUAUGUCUCAGUGGACCCUGCCACCGGGGCCAUCUAUGCCCUCAGGACGUUCAACUAUGAAAUUCUCAAGCAGUUGGAUCUGAGGAUCCAGGCCACCGAUGGUGGCUCCCCGCAGCUCUCCAGCAGCACCCUGGUCAAAGUGAGGAUGGUGGACCAGAAUGACAACCCUCCUGUCAUCAUCCACCCGGUGCUCACCAACGGGACGGUGGAAAUUGGCGUGUCCAGCAAGACCUCCCGUGAGUCCCUGGUGGCCCAGAUCAAAGCUCGAGAUGCAGAUGAUGGGGCCAAUGCUGAGCUCACCUUUGCCUUUCUGGAAGAGCCCCAGCAGGACCUUUUCACCAUCAACCCGAGUACUGGGGACAUCGUGCUGAGGGGCGACCUCUCUGAAGAGCUGGGACAGCUGUUCAAGGUCAUCCUCACUGUGACAGACAAUGGCAGACCACCCCUGGCCACGACUGCCACAGUGAACUUCCUGGUGACUGCCACUGCUCCUUCCAGCAUCCAGGAGAUAGCCAAGCCCAGCUCCUGGGACGGAAAGGCUUUGCAGUGGGACAUCCCUCUGAUCGUGAUCAUCGUCCUGGCGGGCAGCUGCACCCUCCUCCUGGUGGCUAUAAUCACCAUCGCCACCACCUGCAACAGGCGCAAGAAGGGGAAUGAGAUCAAAAACAACACUUCCUUGAAGGACCAGAUGGACAUCUCCCACCUGGAGAAGGGCCGACAGGAGGAGAGCAGCCAGAGGGGGAAUGUGUUUGAGGUACGAACCUUUCCCAGCAAGCCCUCUUUCACCAGCCCCGACCCAUCUCCAGCUGCCGAAGAGAUCUCCACUGCUGAGAGCAGCAGUGACAGCGCUUGCCUCUACGAGGGUCAGAAGAAGCCCAGAGGACCAAGCGGGGAGCAGGGUUUCACUGCUGCUCCGAGCUACAGCAAGGAGCCUGCUCCCCCCGUGGCCAUUUGGAAGGGGCACUCGUUCAACACCAUCUCUGGCCGGGAGGCAGAGAAGUUCAGCGGCAAAGACAGCGGCAAAGGCGACAGCGAUUUUAACGACAGCGACUCAGAUAUCAGCGGAGAUGCCCUGAAGAAAGAUCUCAUCACACACAUGCAGAACGGUCUGUGGGCAUGCACGGCCGAGUGCAAGAUCCUGGGCCACUCGGACCGCUGCUGGAGCCCCUCCUGCGGCCGAGCCAACCCUCACCCCUCUCCCCAUCCUUCAGCACCCCUCUCCACCUUCUGCAAGAGCACAUCCUUGCCCAGGGAUCCCCUUCGCAGGGACAACUUUUAUCAAGCCCAGCUGCCCAAAACAGUGGGGCUUCAAAGCGUCUACGAGAAAGUGCUGCACAGGGACUUUGACCGGACGAUCACGCUCCUCUCCCCGCCACGCCCCGCACGGCUCCCCGACCUUCAGGAGAUUGCGGUCCCCCUCUACCCAGCCCCGUCGACUAGAUACCUGGGCCCCCAGACUGAAAAGGCUGAGAAGGUGUAGCCCAAUAUGCUCCCUGCCCAAGUACACCCAUCCCUGCGCACACAUGACUAGGUCACUCCUGAGAGCCUUUAAGUUAUUGACCAGAUCCCGUGUCGUAUGUGUAAAUAUGCAAGAUGUGCCUUAAAAAUGAAGUCGUUGGGAAAGAUUUCCAAUCAUAUCAGUACUGUUUGAUAUUUGCAAACAAAGAAAAAUUCUUUGUAGUUAAUGUAAUUUUUAUGAAAUGUGCAGUAUUUAAAUUUUUUUUUCAUAUUUUUUACAUUGUUUUUUUUUUUUUCUUUUGGUUCACCCAUGGCCUGCCAUUUUUUGUAGUGUUUUUAACCUGUACAUUGUGUAAUGUAAUGUUUGUACAUAAUGAAAAUUGGUUAUAUUUUUAUAUAAUAAAAGCUUAAAAACUGGGAAUUCUUGCCAAAGGAACUGUCUGAAAGACACAAUAAUAAUAAUUAAUAAUAAUAUCCUGAAUAUGUAGAAACUUGUAAGGGAAAUUCCUCUUUCACGGUGUAAUAAUAAUCUGAGCAACCCAGUGUACGGAGAAGUUUGCCUUGCCAAAUGUGACUUGUAGUUCUUGAGUCUGUGAUCAAUUUAGGUGUUAUUUAAUUGCCUUUGGUUCCUGUAAUCUGUGUCACUGGUAAACACUAAUAAAGGCUUUGUGAUGU